GUGCCAGAGCCCAGGAGCUGGCGGUGCUACAGACCGAGGGACCCUUGAGGCUGACCGCAGGAGAGACCCUCGACCUCAACUGCACGUUGAUUGGCUAUGGCCCACCAGGGGGCGUCCGAUGGUACAAGGGCUCCGACAGAAGCCAGCCUCCCGUUUACUACGAUAAAGCAGCACUCCCUCCCCGAGUGACCAGGGUCUUUCCUGGGUCAGACACGGACUACAGCAUCCGCAUCACCAACAUCCAGCCGGAGGACGCCGGGACCUACUACUGUGCGAAAUACAAGGCGGGAGUCCAGGAGACGGAAUAUAAGUCGGGAAAGGGCACUGAGGUUUCGGUGAUCGCCACACCGUCCCAGCCCUCAAUCACCGGCCCUCCAAGCAGAGUGGAUUCGGGGACCUUGGUGACUUUCAGCUGCACCUCGGAUGGGUUCUUCCCCCGAGAGAUCACGGUCACCUGGCAUAAGAACUGGAGGACCAUCCAUGACUCCCGGACCAUGACUCUGCCCCCGACAGAGAGCCCCUCUUAUCGAGUUGUGAGCACCGUGGCGGUGACCCUCACGGAGAAGGACGUGAAGUCGGAGCUUUCCUGCCAGAUCCAGCACAGCACCUUGAGCGGCCCCUUGUCGCAGAGCUUCAAACUGGGCAAUGCCCUUCGAGUCGCCCCCAAGAUGUCCACGGACCUCGGCCCCCAAGUCGACGCCACUGUGAACCAGCAAGUGACCAUCACCUGCAGUGCAAAAGGGUUUUAUCCCAACGACACAAGCCUGGUGUGGAGGGAGAACGGCAGUGAGACAGAUCUCGGAACACCUGAGCCCAUGACUCAGGAAUCGGAUGGGACGUUCUCCGUGAAGAGUUCCCUGGAGGUGAACGCAACAGAGCAGAGGAACCACUCCAUAUUCACCUGCUAUGCUGUGCGCAAUUCCCAGACCUCAGAUCAUCUAAACGUGACGCUGAAAAUACACAAAGAAGGAAAGGGAGAUUUCUCUUCAGCAGAUAAAGGGAACUUCUUUACGGAACACGCCCCUUUGUCGUAUAUCCUUGUGCUGAUUUGCGUGCUCAUCGUUGUCUUGGUGGCUGCUGUCCUCUACUUCGUCUGGGCCAAACAGAGGAAAGGUAAAGGUUCUACAUCCGUAAGAGGGAAGCGGCGAAAGCCGAAAGUGCUGCGGUUCCGCCUCGUAAUCCGCCCGUGUUCUUCGGCGGCGAUCUUAAACGACGCCAGCUCGUUAAUGGAGGCGGCACAGAACGAUGAGCACAGCCUGUUCCAGUGCCAGCUGAACCAGA